AUGUCCACCGCUUGCUUAAUGAACAUCAAGCAGAGAGAAGAUGAGACGCUGCGAGCCUACAUAACUCGUUUCAACAAAGAAGCCCUUUCGAUUGACGAAGCUGACGAUAAAAUACUCGUAGCCGCGUUCACUAGCGGGCUACGGAAGGGUAAGUUCUUGUUUUCCUUAUACAAGAAUGAUCCAAAAACCAUGACGGACGUUCUCUACAGGGCUACAAAGUACGUGAAUGCAGAAGAUGAGCUGCUGGCCCGCGAGGAAAGGCCUAGGAAGAGGGAAAGGCAGGAAGACACGAGACAAGACAGGGGGCGAAAGAUCGCUAAAACCGGGGAUCAACAUGAUGAAAAGCGCUCCAAACCCCCCACUGGAAGGUUCACCAAUUUCACCCCGUUAACCGCCCCGAUCGACCAAGUAUUGAUGCAAAUCAAAGAUGAAGGAUCAUUGACCUUCCCUGGAAAGUUGAAGGGAGACUCCAACAAAAGACUGAGAGACAAGUAUUGUCGCUUUCACCGGGACCACGGGCACGACACGGCCAACUGUUAUGACCUGAAGCAGCAGAUUGAGGCCCUAAUCAGGAAAGGAAAACUACAAAGGUUCGUCAGCAGGGAAAGAACUGAUACACUGGAAGAACAGGCUCCACGAAGGGAGAACGACCGCCCUAGCCCACCCAUAGGAGACAUACGAAUGAUUGUAGGGGGUACAGUUGCAGCCGGAUCUUCCAAGAAAGCCCGCAAAACCUACCUCAGGAUGGUCCAUAGUGUCCAACUCACGGGAUCCAUACCAAAGAUGCCGCGAAUAGAUAAUCCCGUCAUAAACUUUUCAGAAGAUGACGCUCGGAGACUUCACCAUCCUCAUGACGACGCGCUAGUAGUCAGCCUGCAGAUUGGAGAUUAUAAUAUGCACCGGGUCCUCGUUGACAACGGCAGUUCAGCAGACAUCCUGUAUUAUCCAGCAUUCCAACAGAUGAGGAUUGACAAGGAACGGUUGUCCCCAACGAACGCCCCACUCGUAGGAUUUGGGAGUACGAAGGUCUUCCCUUUGGGCGCGAUAACGUUAGCUGUGACGGCGGGUGACUAUCCUCAGCAGAUCACUAAGGAGAUAACGUUUCUCGUAGUCGACUGCUCAUCCGCUUACAACGCCAUCCUCGGGCGACCCACUCUCAAUUCCUGGAAGGCGGUAACCUCAACAUACCACCUAAUGAUCAAAUUCUCGACGGAAUAUGGGGUAGGAGAACUGCGGGGGAACCAAGUAGCAGCACGAGAAUGCUAUAUCGCCAUGUUAGAGAUGGAAGAUCAGCAGCAGACGAUGUGCAUCGGGAACCAGCGAGCAUUAGCAGAGCCGGUUGAAGAACUAGAAGAAGUAAGGCUUGACGACACACGGCCUGAACGAACGACUAAGAUUGGCACACUAGCCAGUUGGCCCGUACGCCAGACGAUCACAACUUUCCUAAGAAAUAACCAAGACGUUUUCGCCUGGAGUCAUGAAGACAUGCCAGGAAUUGACCCAUCGGUCAUGGUCCACAAGUUGAAUGUGUCGAACUCAUUCCCUCCAAUCCGGCAAAAGAAACGAGUCUUCGCCCAGGAACGGGAUAAGGCCAUAGCCGAAGAAGUUCGGAAGUUACUGGAGGCAGGUUUCAUCCGGGAAGUAUAUUAUCCCGACUGGCUGGCGAAUGUCGUUAUGGUUAAAAAAGCCAACAGAAGCUGGAGGAUGUGCGUAGACUUCACAGACCUCGACAAGGCUUGUCCCAAAGACAGCUACCCGCUCCCACGAAUAGAUACCCUUGUGGAUUCGACUGCAAGACACCAGCUCCUCAGCUUCAUGGAUGCUUUCUCUGGCUACAACCAGAUCAGGAUGGAUGAAUCUGAUCAGGAAAAGACCUCUUUCGUCACAAGCCAGGGAUUAUUCUGCUACAAGGUGAUGCCUUUUGGACUCAAAAACGCUGGAGCAACAUACCAAAGGCUAAUGAACAAGAUGUUUGUACAUCAGAUUGGCAGGAACGUUCAGGUUCAUGUUGACGACAUGUUGGUUAAAAGCGUGCACGAAGAAGAUCACCUAGACGACCUCAGAGAAACAUUCAAUACGCUUCGAUCGUUCAACAUGAAGCUGAAUCCGAACAAAUGUGCAUUCAGAGUGACGGCGGGAAAAUUCUUGGGUUACAUGGUAUCCCAAAGAGGAAUAGAGGUCAACCCGGAGAAGGUACGGGCGAUAAUGGAGUUGGAACCACCAAGGACGGUCAAGGAGGUCCAAAGUCUAAAUGGAAAGAUUGCAGCACUAAACAGGUUCGUCUCAAGGGCGACGGAUAGGUGUUUGCCAUUCUUCCGCACUCUGAGAAAGUCAUUUGAAUGGACGGAUGAAUGCCAAACGGCUUUUAAUGACUUAAAGACAUAUUUUUCGUCUCCACCACUACUCAGUCCGUCCAUGCACGGAGAGGAACUCUACCUUUAUUUGGCAGUCUCGAGUGCCGCGGUAAGCGCAGCCUUAGUAAGGGAGGAGGACGGGAUACAGAAACCCGUCUACUUUACCAGCCGUGCGCUCCGUGGAGCGGAAGAGAGGUACCCUCAAAUGGAGAAGUUGACUUUCGCGUUAGUGAUCGCUGCGCGAAAACUUAAGCCAUACUUCCAGGCGCAUACAAUCAUUGUCUUAACGGACAAGCCGCUGAGAAAAGCCAUGAAUAUCCCAGAAGCAGCAGGAAGGAUGGCCUUGUGGGCAAUAGAGUUAAGCGAAUUUGACAUCCAGUAUCGCCCGCGGACGGCCAUGAAAGGACAGGCAGUGGCCGACUUCAUCGCCGAGUUCACACUCGGGGGGGACCAGUUGGUAGAAGAAAAGGAACAGUGGAGCGUCCACACAGACGGAUCCUCAAACAGACGAGCCGGAGGAGCCGGAGUAGUGAUUAAAACUCCGCAGGGGGACACGAUACAGUGCAUGAUCCGACUGGAUUUCCCAACAACCAACAACGAGGCAGAGUAUGAAGCCCUGGUUGCGGGGCUAGACCUUGCAAGGGCUGCGGGAGCGAAAAACAUAAUUGUCCAUUGCGAUUCACAAGUGGUAACAAGUCAGAUCAAUGGCGACUACGAAUGCAAGAACGAUAGAAUGAAGAGAUAUCUGGAAGAAGUGAAGUACCGAAUCAACAGCCUCGAAGUCGAAUUCAUUCAGGUCCCAAGAGAAGAGAACGAAUGGGCUGACCAACUAGCAAAAGCUGCAUCAGCCGAAUUCAUGUUGGUUCCCGAACAGGUAUUAUCAUUUGUCCAAAUAUCUUCACUUAUCGAUGACGGGGCAAAGAUGCAGGUGGUGAACUCUGAAGAUAACUAG